AUGGCUCCAUUGACGUUUUUAGGAACGUUAGCCCAUGAUUUAGUCUACGUGUAUAACGACAUAACUUCUUUCUUCCUCGCCUUCCACUUCUUUAUACUUUUCGUCCAGCACUGUACAGUGUUAGUGACUCCUGUCCUCACUCGAGACAGUCUGGUCAAGUUCUUCAAGAUAAUAGAAUCUGCACAGGAAGCGCUCUUCAACUUGAACAUCCGACAACCUCGGUCUCCAAGCAUGCUAUCGCAGAUUUGUUGGUUGGCUUUUUUUACAGUACCCCUUCUGAUGUCCAUUGUGGUCAGUACCUUCUCCCCCAUCAGUUAUAGCACAGCCGCCAUUUCUGUUGCACACCCCAUAGUCUUCUAUGGCACUCUUAGUAAGAUGAGAAUCAUGAUGCAGCUAGUGAAGGAGAAGUUUGACUUGCUCAACUGGCACCUUGACGAUCUCAACAACCGUUGGCCCCUUUUCCUGCCACGACCUCCUGAUGUCACCUGCAGUGAGUUUAUCUGUGUUGAAAAGUGGAGGAAGACCAAGUAUGUUCACUACGAUGAAAAUCAUAGACAAAUCACAUCUUUGAAAAUAGAAGCAUUCAACAGAGCGCACAUAAAGCUUUGCUACGCUUUUCAUACUCUCAACUAUGUGUUCUCUGUGGAUAGCCUCGUCAUGACGCUAUGCGUAGGAACGAUUGUCAUGGGGGAGUGUUUCUCAGCAAUCACCAAUCCUUACAAUCUUCAGUGGAGAUACACGCCCUAUUUUAUAGUAUCUGCCAUUCACAUUGCUACGAGUUUCAUCACUGUUUUGACCGUAGCAACGAAUAUUAAGGAGCAGGCACACAAAACCGCUCUCUUGGUACAUGAUCUUUUGGACGAGAGGGAUUACCCACCAGAUGUAUUUGAUGAGUUAGAAGGCUUCUCUCAAGCUCUGCUGCAUCGAAAGAUAUCAUUCUCAGCAGGUGGUUUCUUCGAACUGGACUUAAAACUUUUGCCUCGGAUGGCUAGUUUGAUGGCGCCUAUCACCUUGUUCCUGAUCCAGAACAACAAUCGACUCCUAGCGUUUCGUAACAAACCAUCAGUGUAA